CACAACCUCACCAGACACCAGCCACAGCCAUCCAUCGCCGUCGACUCGGCCACUCAGCUGCUGCAUCGACCACCGUCGUGCAUGCCGCAUGCGACGCGAUCCAGCUAGCUAGCUAUAGCUGGAGCUGAACCGAAGCAGCCGGCGCCCAGAGUGGAAGAGAAAUUAAGAGACCGAUCGAGAGCUCGAGCUCGAGCUCGGCGUCGAGAUGGGCAGGGCGCCGUGCUGCGACAAGGCGAGCGUGAAGAAGGGCCCGUGGGCGGCGGAGGAGGACGACGUGCUCAGGGCCUACGUCGCCGACCACGGCACCCCCGGCAACUGGAUCGCGCUCCCCCGCAAGAUCGGGCUCAACAGGUGCGGCAAGAGCUGCCGGCUGCGGUGGCUCAACUACCUCCGGCCCAACAUCCGGCACGGCGGCUUCACCGACGAGGAGGACCGGCUGAUAUGCAGCCUCUACGUCAGCGUCGGGAGCAGGUGGUCGACCAUCGCCGCGCAGCUGCCGGGGAGGACGGACAACGACGUCAAGAACUACUGGAACACCAAGCUCAAGCGGCGCCUGCUCGGUGGCGGCCGCCGCCCCAUCAGGUACGCGCUGCCGCACCUGCAGCCACAGCCGCGCCUCCUCCUCGCGAGCCCCACCGGCGGCGGCGCAUCGACGGCGCUGGAGAGGAUGCAGCUGAGCGUGCAGCGACGCCACGUCGGCCUCCAAGACACCCCGGGGCUCCCCUUGUACGGCAACCUCUGGCCAGCCCAGCAAUCUGUACUCUCUCCUGCCGCUGGUUACUCCGGGUUCUGGUCUCAUAUCCAAGAUCAUCAGCGCACCUGGGGCAGCGGCGGCACCAUGCCGCUGUCCACGAGCCCCACGGGCGAGACAGCGGUGGGCGUAGGGAGCUCGAGCUCCACACCGGCAGCGAGCUCCGUGACUUUCGACGGCGACAUGGAGGACGAGAUCGAGAUGCUGCUCCAGCAGAUAGGGUGCUUGGAGGAGGAAGGCAGCGGCCAGCUGAUUGCCGGCGAGGCGGCGGACGACGGCAGCGCUGGUUCUUGGAGCUCCUGUUCCACUCCAGGAGUGGACUCGGUGUUCCAGGGCUAUGUACAAGGGCAAGGGCAGUAGAAUUAUAUGCAUUUCAGACCUGAAUAUGGCCCUAAUACUAUUAGUCUAUAGGUACGUAAAUAUGUGUACUAGUUCAGCAGCUUUUUCUCUGAAGAUCUGGAUUGAUAUGAGUGUAUCGUAAAUGUAGAACCAAUAUUCAGUAUACAUAUGGGAUAUCAGUUUAAAGCCAGUGCUUCUCUGGUUAAUCUGAUUGUCCAUUGAACAGCA